AUGAGGAGGCUGCAUGCUUAUGUUCACGAAGCGAAGGGGCUUCCACCGACCAAGAAGGACGCAGGGCUACCCGACGUCUACGCGAAGGUGAGGUUUCGGGGUCGAGAGGCGAGGACGAGGACGGUGAGGGGGGGUACUGACCCUGUUUGGAGAGAGGAGUUCGUUUUUGAAUUGGAUGAGGAGAUUAACGCGGGCGGCGAUGGUGAAGCCGGUGUGCGGGUGGGGGUUUUUUAUGAUCAGGGCGAAGGCAGUGAGUUGGGGGAGGAGGAGGAGGUUGAUGCUGUCGGAGCUGUGAACGUCCCUCUGCCUACCAAUCUCUACGAGGGGGUCCCUGCUUCUUGGUUUCCUCUUCAAUGUGAUGGGGAUGAUGUUUCAAGGACCAACAAGGAUCGCGGGAAAAUUCUCCUUGCCGUGUUGCGAGGAAGAAGUGAUGAUAAUUUUGAACCAGCUGCUUCACCUUCAAAUAUAUGUUCUCCCAUUACAAACAUGGAUGGAGUAACCUCGACGUUUGGUUCAAAACAUCAUGGUUCGUUAGAACUAUCUGAUAACACACGUGCGACUGACGAGAGCAAAGAAGUAGAAACUUACUCGACAUCCAGUUUUGAAGAAGCUAUUGGAGUGAUGCAAUCAAAGAGUGGAACCAAUCAAAUGCCAGGAGAUCUUCAAGGUGGAAUCCUACUCGAUCAGACAUAUGUGAUCGAACCAAAAGAUCUGAACACGCUUCUAUUUGAACCUAACUCACAAUUUAUAAGAGCUUUAGUAGAAAAGCAAGGGACUACAGACUACAAGGAGGGAGCAUGGACAUGGAAAGAUGCAUACUCUUCAUGCCUAACAAGAUCCGUGACUUACACAAGAGCUGCAACAAAGCUUGUAAAAGCCGUCAAAGCAACAGAAGAGCAGAUUUAUCUUACAGCGGAUGGGAAGAACUUUGCAGUCUUGAUCCAUGUGAGCACACCCGAUGUACCUUAUGGUAGUUGUUUUCAGGUCGAUAUGCUCUACAAGAUAAUGCCUACACCACAGUUAUCUGCAAGCGAAGAAUCCCAAUCGUCCCGUCUUGUAAUAUCAUGGAAUGUUAAUUUUAGCCAGAGUACUAUGAUGAAAAGUGUUAUAGAGGGAAGUGCGCGGCAAGGUAUCAAGGAGAGCUAUGAAACUUUUGCGGACAUAUUGGCGCAGUUUGUGAAACCAGCAAAUGCAGAAGAGCUAAUUCUGAACAAAGAACAGCUGUUGGCACCAAUGCAUGGAGAACACCAAUCAGAUUGGGAACUGGCCCUCGAGUAUUUGUGCAACUUCACUGUCAUUUCUACCCUUUUCAUGGGGCUUUACGUUUUUAUACACAUUCUCUUAUCGGUCCCUGGACCAAUGAAGGGAUUGGAAUUCGGUGGUCUAGAUCUGCCUGACUCUUUCGGAGAGCUCAUCACCUGUGCUGUUUUGGUUCUUCAAGCAGAACGAGUUUUUUAUUUGAUCUCUCACUUUGUGAAGGCCAGAUUACGGAGAGGUAGUGAUCAUGGAAUCAAAGCACAAGGUGAUGGGUGGGUGCUCACAGUGGCCUUGAUAGAAGGGAGUAAUUUACCGGUGAUAUCGUCAUCUGGAAUUUUAGAUCCAUAUGUAGUUUUUGGUUGUGGUGGUCAGACGAGAACGAGUUCUGUCCAACUUCAAACACAAGAUCCUCAAUGGAAUGACAUAUUGGAGUUUGAUGCCAUGCAAGGACCACCAUCAGUUUUGACUGUGGAUGUUUUCGACUUUGAUGGUCCAUUUGAUCAAGAAGUCUCUCUUGGGCACGCAGAGAUCAAUUUCGUAAGGCAUACUGCUUCAGAGUUGGCUGACAUUUGGGUAUCUCUUGAUGGGAAACUGGCUCAAGCAUCUCAUAGCCAACUGCACUUGAGAGUUUUCCUGGAUAACACUAAAGGAUCCGAGGCAGUCAAAGAGUACUUAACCAAGAUGGAGAAGGAAGUAGGAAAGAAGCUGAACCUACAGUCACCUCACAGAAACUCAACAUUCCAAAAGCUCUUUAAUUUGCCACCUGAGGAGUUUCUUAUCAAUGAUUUCGCAUGCUAUUUGAAGAGAAGAUUGCCGUUGCAGGGUAGGCUCUUUUUAUCUGCAAGAAUCAUAGGAUUCCAUGGCAACAUUUUUGGUCAUAAAACCAACUUUUUCUUUCUUUGGGAGGACAUUGAAGACAUUCAAGAGUUGUCCCCAUCCUUCUCUACUGUCGGUACUCCAGCCCUGUUAAUCAUUUUGAAGAGUGGCCAUGGCCGUGACGCUAAGCAUGGGGCGAAGUCUGAAGAUAAAGAAGGAAGGCUCAAAUUCCAGUUCCAAUCAUUUGCGUCAUUUAACAGUGCAAGCAAGACAAUCAUAGCCUUGUGGAGAAACAAAUGCCUAAAUGGUGAACAGAGUGCUAAGCUUGAAGAGGAUAAAUGUGGUCACGGUGAAAAAUCCGGCAAGAUUGGUAAACUGGAUGAUGAUCAAAGUGGAAGUUCCGGUCGAUUUGAGGACAGCGAGUACAUACUAGGCUCAGAUGGGACUAGGCUUUCGAAGGCUUUAUCAGUAGAGCUUUCUGUCAGCGUUGAAUCACUGGUGGAAGUCUUUGGAGGGGGGCUACUCGAAAAGAAAAUAAUGGAGAAAGUUGGAUGCCUUAACUAUUCAACAACGCCAUGGGAGGCAGUUGGGCCUGAUCAUGUCUACAGGAGACAAAUUAGCUACAAAUUUAAUCGCCAUAUAUCGAUUUUUGGAGGUGAAGUGAGUAGCAUACAACAUAAAGCUCCUAGUUUAGAUCACAACGGGUGGGCAGUGGAUGAAGUUAUGACUCUUCACAAUGUUCCUUUUGGGGAUCAUUUCCAUGUCAGUUUAAAGUAUAUAUUGAUCGAGACCUUCCUCUCAAACGCCAUGGCAUCUCGAUGUGAUGCUUUUCUGGGAGUGACAUGGACGAAAAGUUCCAAAUUCAAGAAGAGGAUAACGAGAAACAUAUUUAACAAGCUAACGCAUAGAUCGAAGGAGAUUUUCGAACUUGCUGAAAGGGAAAAUCUUUCUUCGGAUCUACCGAAGUUGCUACUUUAACAAUCGAGAUGUUAGGAGAGCUGCUGAGCAUCGUCUUCAGUUGACGCUUCUUGUAGAUAACUGUGAUAGAGCCAGAUGUAUACAAGAUGUAAAAAACUCAUUAUCUUGAAGAAAUAACAUAGAAAGUGGGACAUCUCGGAUAUCUCCCAACAAUAGUCAUCCACUGUAUAUGCUUGCAGCAGUAAUAGCUGAUGAGUUCCUUGGAUUAUCUAA